AAAUAAUAAAAAGAAAAUAACUUAUUCACCGGUCGAAUAGGUUUUGACAGCACAGGAAAAUAUUGAAAAAUCAAAACACACAACCACUUUGCAUGGAAAGAAUAAAACAAUUACGAAACUAUGAAGUGUGUUUGACAAAACCGGAAUUAAAAACUUUGUAAAAAUGAUUUCGGAUACGGGAAGUAAUAAACCUUUGCUGAUUGCAUCCCAAGCAUUGAUUGGUAUGGGACUGUUCUUCGUUCAUGUGUUUCACGUUAGUUCUGUGUUCGAAAGUGAAACAAAUUUUAGCAACUUAGACAAUGUCGGCCGAGAACUGAUCUUCAAGUCCGAUCAUGCCCUAUAUUAUUCAUACUACAAGACAAUUGCCGAUGCGCCGGAUUUUAUGAGCGGAUUCAAUAAACUGUUACGAGACAACCGCACGGAAUAUCCCAGUUCGCUGAACACAAUUUAUCGAUUCCACAUUUUUCCAGAAAUUGUUUUAGGAUACCUCUACAAGUAUUUUAUGGCUGUAACCACCUACUUCGAAAUCUCCACGAAAACGUGUCUGUUUAUUGAUGGAUAUGCUAGCUGUGAGGGAUUGGGAGUACCAAUUUAUUUCUACUUGGAAGCAGUUUGGUAUAUGGGUGGUUUCGCCGUUUUUGUGUUAUUUAUGUACGCUACGCAUCUCAGCGGUAACAUGGUUGGUGGGCUGGCAGCUGUCACAUACUACUUUACUAUUCACAACGAUGCCACAAGGAUCCAUAGAUAUCCGGCCGCUAGAGAGAAUUUCGCUUAUCCAUUCAUAUUGUCACAGAUGCUUUACUUGUCUAUUUGUAUCAAAUCGGAUCACUACAUAUACUCUCAGAACAAGUCCACCAAACGGACCACCUGCAUAAUGAUCACCAAAUUGGCAAUCAAUUCAACGUUAGCCGUAUUGUCGUGGCAUUUUUCGCAAUACAUAUUCGGAGCCCAGAGUAUCAUCAUGUAUACGUUGCUGCAAUUCGACAUGAUUUCGUUCAAUCUGUUCUCGGACUAUGUCAUCUCUCAGUUCGUGUCGAAUAUGAUAGCUUACUAUGUGAUGCUGGAAAAUGAGAAAUUCUUUCCAUCGAUUCACAUGACCAUUUUGUUCACAUUGCUUCUGUUCGCGUCCAUGUUCAAAUUACGUAAAAAACCGUAUGACGCCAGAGAAUCGUUAUUCCGUCGCAUUUACAUGGACUACGUAUUCAACUUCCUGUUUGUGUUGAUCAUUUUUUGUGAUAUUUUGCGGGCAAUUUAUGGGGAGAAUUUCAGGGACAGUGUGGACAUGCUGUACAAGGACAUCAUACUGUCCAAACUUCGCAUAAAACCGUCGUCGUUUAACACAUUGGUUUAUCUGUGCAAUGCCGAAAUGGGAUUCAUUGACAUGGAUACAUUGAAAACGUACAACAAAUUGUUUGUGGGAAAGUUUUUCGGCGUCUUCAUCGUCAUUUUCCUAUCCAAAUGGUUGCAGAAGCGUCGUGAAAUCAACGAAAACAACGAAGACAAGAAGGAGAGAGCGAAAAAUUAUUUGAUUGAAGAUUACUUGGAAGAGAAUCGAGUUUCGAUGAAAGAUUUAGUCAACACUGACAUGGACAAAGAGAUUAAGGCUUGUUUGGAAGCAUUGAAGAAAUGCAAUUACGAUUAUGAGAAAUACAAACGCGAGAAACUGAAAAACGUUCGCACAAAGGUUGACGAACGGGCGGCAUUUUUGAAAGAUGUGCAGAAAUUCAAAGAAGAAAUUUCGGAAAAGGAGAAGACAUCUGGCCAAAGUGUGAACGCUAAGUUCGCGGUUGAAAAAGACUCUAGCGACACGAACAAAGAAGACGAACCAGAAGCUUCGAAUGAAGAUAACAAAGAAGAUGCAAGCAAAAAAGACAGCGAAGAAACAAAAUCGGAUAGUCAGACUGAUAAUGAAGCGAAGGCGCCACGAAAGGAGGAUGAAAACGUGGGCGUUAUUUAUCGAGAUCAUUUCAUUCAGCCACAUUAUUUCUACAAUGUGCUGCAAACAUUUGUAUUCCUUAUGAUGGCUGGUUUGGUUGUGAAAUUAAAAUAUUUACUGACACCAUUCAUGUGUUUGAUGGCAUCGUCGUUACCACCUAAAAGUUGGUUUCCCAAUGCAACUUAUCGUUAUUGGUUCGUCUACCUCUUCUUGGUAUUUUGCAGCAUUGCCGAGACGGGAAUAGAGAACGUUCAAAAUCAGUACGAGAGAAGAGGAUACAGCGAUCAUCAAUUGAAACAAGCAGUAGAUUGGAUCAAUGUAAAUACAGAUGCGGAUGCAGUAUUUGCAGGGCCAGCUGAUUUAGUGGCUACAAUAAUGUUAACUACUGGUCGCCCCGUAGUCAAUCAUUCAAGACUAGAAUUUUUUAAUAUGAGAGAGCGAACGAAAUUAGUGUAUUCAAUGUUCAGCAAGCAGCCGUAUACACAAAUUUACAAUCAACUGUCUCGACUAGAAAUACAAUACAUAAUUGUACCGUUUAACGAAUGCAUAUCUUCUAAAAGAAGCUGCAAAAUUCUUGACAUUUGGGACAACAUUGAACCGGAGAAUCGAGACAAUAUUCCAUUGUGUGCUGAAUUGUUCAAAAAGAGCAAUCCAAACUUUCUGCGAGUGUUUAUGAACGAGGAAUAUUUCAUUUUGAAAUUGUUUUCGCAAUACGUUCAAGUCGAGUUCGGAAAGAACAGUCUCACCGAAUUGAGUAUGUAAAUGGGGCUUGGUGUAAACGCGGUAUAGAUGACAACAAUCGCUGUAUUAAAUGAACUAUUAAAAAUGCAAACAAAAUCAAAA